AUGUCUGAUACGGAGCAGGAGCAUAAGUCCGAUCCGUACGUGGUAAGUCUGUCUUUUCUCGGCCUGUUGCGGUCUGAAAUAGUGGCUAUUCGGAGAGGUCUUUUAUAUCGAUUAAUUACCGAGGUGCUACUCUAACUUUUGAGCAUGAUUUUGUCGGUUAUUUUUCUCAAAACCUUGACCUUGUUCUUGUCUAAAGUCUGUUUGGGAGGGAUAAUGUUUUGAGGGUUUUGAUGCGCGGAAAGUGGUACAUUGGCUUGUUUAUUGUCUCUUGACUACUGAAAUUUAAGUUUCGUUCCAUAGAAUGGCUAUAUUUGUGCCCCUCGAAUUCAAUUUCAGCCUUUUCAAGAACUUAUUUUAGCCAACAUGGCAUGUGGAAAAUUAUGUCGAAUUUAUUGAAAUUUAAUGUGAAAUUCGUUCCGAACAUUGUUAAUAUUUAUUCGAAUCAUUUUUACAGGUACAGCAACCAAAGAUGGCCGAUAACGAUCAACAGAAUUCACCUAACGAUGGCUCUCAGGAGAACGCGACUUCAGACGAGCCGGAGCAGUUCCGCAAGCUUUUCAUAGGUGGAUUGUCGCUGAGUACGACCGAUGACAGCCUUCGAGACUUCUACUCAAAGUUUGGAACAAUCGUGGAUUGUGUUGUGAUGAGGGAUUCUGCAACAAAGAAGAGCAGAGGAUUCGGUUUCGUUUCUUAUAGUUGCAAGGCUGAGGUGAGUAUUUUUAUUGUUGUUUCUUAUUUUAGAACGUGAAGAAUUGAUUCUCUGUGAGACUAAACCACAAGCAAUCCUUGUUUCGACUAUUUUAUUCAUGCUUAAGGGUAUUAAAAGUUAUUUUUCGACUUCAGGUUGACAAGUGUAUGGCCGCCCGUCCUCACACAAUCGAUGGCAAGCAAGUGGAUCCCAAGAGAGCUGUCCCUCGAGAACUUUCGUCCAGAGGAGAAGCCAAUGUCUCCACUAACAGGUUAUACGUCAGUGGCGUCCGUGAAGAACACACUCAAGACGUCUUCCAAGAGUACUUCUCUGAAUUUGGAGCGGUCACCAAAGUUGAGAUCAUCACUGACAAACAGACCAACAAACCCCGAGGAUUUGGAUUCGUUACCUUCGAUGAUUAUGAUUCAGUCGACAAAUGUGUUCUGAAGAAGUCCCAUAUGAUAAAUGGAUUCAGAUGUGAUGUGAAGAAGGCGUUGAGCAGAGAUGAGAUGGCCAGAGCUCAGCAGUCCGAGAGGGAUCGUGUUGAAAGAGGUGCCAGAACUGGAAGAGGACGUGGACCACCAGGAGCUUGGGGCGGACCGCGAGGAGCGCCAGGGCCUGCCGGAAACUUUAGGGAACCUCAUGGCGGUGGUUAUGGAGCGCCCGCUUGGGGUGGUCAAGGAGGCGCCGGAGGCGGCUGGGGACAAGGUGGAGGUUCUUAUGGAGGUAAGGAGAGAUUUUUAUACUAGUUUGAGUGCAAUAUUGUUGCAUUACCUAGUCUACCUUAUUUUAGGUAUUAGUGCAAUAUAACUUUUUGAUAAAAUAGGAUUAUUAUUCGUUUGAUAAGUUGUCUGUAUGUCCAGAAUGUAAUUUCACGAUUUUAGGAGGUUAUGGAGGUGGCUACGGAGGCGGUGGCUAUGGCGCGGGCGCCCAAGGAGGCUGGGGCCAAGAAUCAUGGGGAGCCGGCCAAGGAGCCGCUGCUGGCGGAGCAUGGUCCGGCGCCCACGGCGCAUACGGAGGCGGUGGCUACGCCGGUGGAUGGAGCGCAGGCGGCCCACCAGCUCGCGGCGGUCAAGACCGAGGAUAUUAA